AUAAAAAAUAGCAUUCUUGGUGGCUUAGCAAGUUGCCAGCAACAUGACCUUCUACUGGGAGUGCGCGGAGUUUCCCUUGGCAGUGGCACCAUGGUGCAGCGAUCCGAGACGGCAGCAAAAGGUUCUCGCCCGUGUGGCCGUGGCAGAGCAGCGGACGCCGGGCUUUGCGCUCCGUUUCGACCUGGAACUGCUUGAGGAGGCAGAGAUGCUGGGUGAUCGUAGCGUGUUGACGUCCUAUAUGCACUUGAUGCGGAUCGUGAACCAGCGGCAGAUGCUAUGUGCUUUUGAGUUUGCGUUCGUCGGAGCGGGAGCGGAAAGGCGACGGCCGGGAGGGGACGAAGCAGACGUAUUAUUGGACCAGAGACUGAAAAAAUGGCUGGCAGGUGGCGGUCAGGUGCCAGCGCCGCCCAAAGAGGAGCUAGUGAGGUGGUUGCUGUCUUGGAUGGUUAUCACCCCGACAGCAGUGGACGUCGACAGUGAUAAACAAUCAGAUGAGUGGAUCGUGCUCAUGUGCGGCGAGAACGGUGCUGAGUACGCGGUUGAGGAUAGCGACAUCGACUUGGUUUUCAACGAGUCAGGCGAUGCGAGUGAUCCAGUGUAUGGAGAGGACCAUGAUAACGACGGGAAUGAUGGCCAUUGUGAUGAUGCCAGUGGAGAAGAAACGGAGGACGGCGACUUGCCACCUCCGUAUGAAGAAGUUGAAGUCGCUGAGUCAGAGGAUUCACUAGACUCAAAAUCUGAAGAGAAAUUUGGCUUUGAAAAGGAAAAACAAGCGAGCCAACAUAAUGCUAAUCAACUAUCGGAAACUACUCGUGUUAGCACUUCAAAUCGGAGUUUACAAGCGCAGGAUCAAAAUGCAAAAAAGCAAUCGAAACGACCAUCUUCGAUCCGCAGUAGCAGUAGCCGAAGUCUUGUGAGUACUGCAAGUUCGACAUCUUCAUCUAGAUCCGAGAAAAAAGAACUCAAACUGACGACAGUGCGAUUAAAUCCACGUCUCGACUCGCUGGAUGUGGUUAAACUUGAUGAGGAGCCAUCCUAUGUGUGGUCAGAUGCCCGUCAACAUUUUCAUAAGGAGCUUGGUACAUCGCGGCGUGACGUGCAAACUGCUAAGCAACAGCACGAUAAAGCUGAAAAACUGGCGAAUCUGCGUCAUACUCAACUAUUGAAAGACUCGGCUCGCAAGCUCCGUAUGAACGAACAGAAGCGUCGCGAUGCUCAAGCAGUCCGGCAAUUAAUCGCGGAUACAUUGGAGUAUCGUGACGAGUUGAAUGCGAUGGAAUCUCGUUUAAAAAAAGCAACGAUCGCUGCCCAUCGUGACCAGGAGCGAGUGAAACGCCAGGCUCGUGUUGUCAUCGGCAAUACCGAAAAGACCUCACGUGGUGCUAUAAGACUUGGCUCUGGCCCCCUGUCGAAGGAGGAAAUGGAACUAAUUCUUGGUAGUACUCGAAAUGGAAACGCUGUGUAUGAUCUUCACGGUCGUCGCCGCAGUUUAGGAGAAGCGGAUCAGGUGGCAAAAGAAACUGCUCUAGAGAGCGCAAUGCGCAAGGUUCGACGUCUUGUUUUGGAGUCAAAGAAUGGUAUCGAGACUUUCCGUCGGUAUGACGUCGAUCGUAGUGGAACACUUAGCUAUAGUGAGUUUCAGCGGAUGCUGCGUGAGAACGGUACCGGAGAUUCUCCUGAAUUAACACAAGAACAGAGUUUGGCGUUUUUCAAACACUUUGAUACCGGCAACAUUGGCGAGGUACACUACAAGGAAAUGCUUUGGGGAUUCUUCAAGUGGGAAACAUUUCUCAAACGGUGGCAUGAACGAACGAGUGUAAACACAGCAGUACCAACGGAUCGCGAAGUAAGGCAGCCAUUUAGAAAAUAUGAUCCAAGCAACCGAGGAGUGUUGCCACUCAAAGAGUUCCAAUUGGUCUUGGAUCAUCUUGGCGUCGCUCUCGGCGACACAGACGCUAACUUACUUGCUAUGAAAUUUGAUGCCGGUAAGGGCGGAUAUGUCGACUACAACAAAUUCCUGAAGUUUGUGAAUCUUUCCGAUACACAAGAUGAGUCAUCAUUUGCUGAACCUACAGCACAGCCAGACUUAAUCACUCGUACAGCCCCACCUGGCAUGAAACGUAUUUGGAUGGAAUUGCAAGAGCUUUCAUCUACGCAAGUAAGACUCCAUCGUCUACUUCAAAAAUGAUCUAUAGUUUUCAAAACUAUAGAUCAUUUUUUAAAACUAAGUUUUAAUCCGAUUGUCCGUUUGACAUACUUCUGC